UAUAGUAACGUACAAAAAUACGGACCAAGCUACAACUGGUAAGAAUAUUUCCUAGAAAAAUUUUAAAACAUCAACUAUAUUAAACCACCAGCAAUUGAUGACAUCUACAAAUAAUUUUUACUACUACUUACCACAAAACUCGAUACUGUUGACUAAAAUCAGCUGUCAAUUCUGGGACAGAACUUCUUAGUGUCACAUUAAGAAGCAGUUAAGCUUUCACCCGUGCAAUUAAAAUUGAUUUCACGAACUGUUUACUUAAGCUUACUAUAGAUUCUAAUACCUUUCUUCUGUUAGUAAAUAAACCGUUCAAUCAAUAUGUGUUUCAAAUUUUUUAAUAUUUUACAAUAACUUCCUUCAAAUAUUUAUUAAUUAUUUUAAUUAUUAUUAUUAUUAAUAUUGAAGAAUUAAAAGUGAUACGGAAUUAAUACAAGUGCAAAGUUCAAUAAAUUAUUCCAGCCAACUGUAUCUUAAAUAAUACUUAUUAUUUUUAUUAUAAUUUAUAAAUAAUAAGAAUAAACAUAACAGGGUUUAUCAAUGCUUAAAUAUUAAAAAUAAUAGUAAUAAAAAUUUAAACUUUGACCCAAAUUAUCUAUACAAAAUGUCAGGUAUGUUCGAAAAUGGUAAUUAUCAGAUGUCUGAUGAGAGUGAUAUGGCAACAAUAGAUAUUAAUAAAGAGUUUUCAUUAUUGGAUCACAUGGAAAUUUCCAUAGUCGAAUCUGAAAAACGAGCUAAUGGUGCUCUUAAUUUACGAGAAUUUUAUACUGUUUAUUUAAUCGAUACAAAAGUAACAGAUCCAGAUUUUGAAGAAGCAAUAAGGACAAUCGGUUCAUUGUGGCGUAGAUAUACUGAAUUUGAAAUGUUACGAGCUUACUUAGAAACGACAUAUCCUUACAUCGUGGUGCCAUCACUCCCAGAAAAAAGAGUUCUCUAUGCAUGGCAGAAAGUAACUACUGAUACAUUCGACCCAGAUUUUGUCGAUAGAAGACGAGCUGGGUUAGAAACUUUUUUAUUGAGAAUAGCUUCACACCCGACAUUAUCAAAAGACAAACAAUUCAUGGGAUUUCUUCAGCAAACUAAUGGCUGGCGAGAAAGUCUCAAAGCUAUUGGUUCCUCACAAAAUCAUGAUGUAAAAUUAAAUCCUCUAAGCAUUCCUGAAAAAUUAGAAGAUCGUGACAAACAAUUUGAGUCUUACAAGACUUAUGCGUCGGAACUUCAUAAUAAUUUGAACAAUUUCUUACGUCUCCGGGCAAGGCUGGCAGAAAAGCAGUACCAUUUGUUCAAGCUGCACGCGAAUUAUGGCCGUGUGUUUAGCGAAUGGAGUGCUAUCGAAAAAGAAUUGGGUGAUGGAUUGCAGAAAACCGGGCAUCAUUUAGACUCUCUAGCUGCUGUAAUUGAUAGUCACCUCGAAGAAGAGGAAUUGAUCGCAGAUCAACUUAAAGAGUGGUUAUUUGGGGCCAGUGCACUGCAAGCUGUUAUAAGACGCCGAGAAGCUCUGCAGCUGAGCAAAGAGGAAGCUACAGAUAAUUUGAAUAAUGCGUAUGAACAGCGACAAAAAAUUGUUCAAGGUAAACUAGGACUAAUGUCACGGCUAUUUGGUGCAGUAGAUUCCGAAGAAAUGCGUGGCCAAAAAUGUAAUCAGCUGGAGCAGAAAAUUGUUGUAAUGGAAAAUACUGUUAAAGAAGUCGAUGAAAAUUUAACAUCAUUUUCAAUAAAAGCGUUGUCAGACAUUGAAAGAUUUCAACGGCAAAAAGAUACUGAUAUCAAAGAAGCUCUAGCUAAUUAUUGUUUACUACAAUUCAAACUCGCUAAAAAGGGUCUCCAAACUUGGCAACAUAUCAAACAAUGUUUAGAAAGUAUGCCUUAAUGAAAAUAGCAAGAAAAAAUAACCAAAACCAAUCAUUACUAUUAUGUCAUUAACGUACCUAAAAACUGAAAAGUCAUACAAACAUUAAAUUAUAAAGUCACUAAUAUAUUAUAUUACAAAACUAAGUAGAACCACAAGAAAAAAAAAGAACAAAAUUAUAUAAAAUCACCCAAGUGAACAAAUAGAUAUUGUACAUUCCUUAAUAUACGUAAUUUAUACACUGUACAAUAUUUUUAAAUAAUUUAUAAUUUAUAAGAUUAUACAUGAAUAAUUUUUUUGUUAACUGUUGGUAUUAUUUUGUAAGGUUAUCAUUAAUUGUUAUUACUAUUUAAUUAAAGUUAUGAAAUACUGUUUAGAUGUGUAAUAAUUAAGAAAUCAUCAAAGAACAAUAAUAUAUAUGCGUAAUAUAAGAAACUGCCAUGAUUAGUUAAAUAUUAUUGAUUAAUUGUGUCGAUUUAUAAUGAUUAAACAUUUGUGAAAUUUAUUUAUUUCUGGAGCUCCCGGGUAAUGUAAUGAACAAAUUUUUAUAAAAAAAAAAAAAAAAUAAAUAAAAUGAAUUGGAAAUAAAAAUCUAAACAUUGAA